CAAGUCUUUGGGGAAGUCUUCUGGUUUCAGUUUUUCUUUUUCUUUUUUUGAGUUGUGAAGAACUGGAAUUCAUAAAACCAGAGCGCAAAUAACACUCCAAACUUACGAGAAAACCAGUAUCCAACUUGAAAGGACUACCAGCAAAAGGCGAAUUGGAAAGCAAAAACGACGUCGCGUUAGGAAGCAGAGCACCUCAUCAGGCUGUCCAACUCUGUUCAGGAAGCUUAUUUAAGCUUAUUUCCACCGCAAUAAUUUGAGGCAUCAAUGGCGCCUCUCACAAGGUCAAUGAAGAAGAAAGCAGCAAACAGCAAGAGUCGCAUCAUGCAAUCUCUUCCGAAUGAGCUUUUGGUAGAAGUUCUUGCAAAGGUGGCUUCGAAUUCUUUCAACGAUCUCUACUCGGCAAAGUUAAGCUGCAAGGACUUCAACAAAAUGGCUAAAGAAGACAACAUAUUCCAACGCGUUGACAUGAGCAAAUUCCCAUUGGUUUCUUGGAGGUUUGACGACAAAUUCUCCAAGUUUCUGAAACACUGCAAAAGGUGCGGCAACGAGGAGGCCUUGUACCGACAAGGGCUUCGCGAUAUUUUCAGAGGCAAGAGGGUGCAACAAGGAAUCACGUGUCUGAAGAAAGCAGCCUCGAAGGGUCAUGUCGAAGCGACGUAUGUUUACGGCGCCAUAUUGGUGUGUUUCGGGGGAGAGUCAAAGCAGGAAGGCCUGGAGCUUCUGUAUUCUCUCAAUCAUUACAAACCGAAAGGAUUCAGCGUAAGAGAAUGCAGGGAGAGGGUUAAAGGACUUGUUCGGAACAUGUGGGCUGACAGGAAGGUGGUGGGUAAAAUUGUACAAGCCCGCCAUGAGACUGCCAUUGCGAAAACAUGCAGCGACUGUGGAAAUAGACAGGAGAUUUUCACAGUCGAGCGAGGAUGGGAUCCUCUUGAUCAUGAAAAUUUCAGCAGCUGCAAUACCUGCAGGUGGCAUCAAGAAGUAAAUAUUUUCCGUGAUAUAUUAAACGACAGUUGUACCCCUCUGUAUUGAAUGGAUUGAUGCGUAUAGAUAGGAUGCGUAAGGGCAACAUUUGAUGUGUAUCCACACGAGUUUCUCUUUUGCAAGCUAAUGUUUUUUGUAAGGGCAACAUUUGCCCACAUGGCAUUCUAAAUUAUUGGGGAUAUAUUGUAAACUUAAGAUAAUCGGUUAGCUCAUCUGCAAGCUAUUCGAUCAAUUUAAAACUCACCAACGUUUGAA